AUGCCGUCAAAUACUGACUACCACGUCAAUAGGGAGUUCCGAAUGGGCGGUAGUACGAAUGCUAUGAUUGUUGCUCCGGCUACUCCUCGAAUGAUGGGCAAAUCCAGCAAUCAUGCCAGCAACUCCAGCCACGGCAAUAACGGCACGUCUUCGGGGCUCAUGCCAGCCGUAGAUGUCUCUGUGGCAGGGCAGUCGUCUUCCAAGGGCAAUAGGAAUGGCCAAGAUGUAUCUGGAGCGCCUGCGAAACAGUUCCAUCGUAAGAGCUUGGGAGAUUGGGAGUUUCUCGAAACAGUCGGGGCAGGCUCCAUGGGUAAAGUAAAACUCGCGAGGCAUCGUACCACGCAUGAAGUUUCUGCGAUUAAGAUCGUAAACCGGGCUACAAAGGCUUUUAUCCACAAGGAGGCCCACAUGACGCCGCCUAGAACCCAAGAAGAGAUUCUCGAGCGCGAACACAAGUUAGAGAAGGAAAUAUCGCGCGACAAACGGACAAUCAGAGAAGCCUCACUAGGCCAGAUUCUUUACCACCCUCAUAUCUGCCGUUUAUUCGAAAUGUGCACCAUGAGCAAUCAUUUUUACAUGCUUUUUGAAUACGUUUCUGGAGGUCAAUUACUAGACUACAUUAUUCAGCAUGGUUCCUUGCGCGAGCGCAGCGCCCGGAAAUUUGCGCGUGGUAUUGCUUCGGCGCUGCAGUACCUCCAUAUGAACAACAUAGUACAUCGUGACCUCAAGAUUGAGAAUAUUAUGAUCUCCACGUCGGGUGAAAUCAAGAUCAUCGAUUUUGGUCUCUCAAACAUGUACAAUCCCAAAAAACAGCUCCACACAUUUUGUGGCUCGCUUUAUUUUGCCGCUCCAGAGUUGCUAAAAGCUUGUCCUUAUACAGGACCCGAGGUUGACGUUUGGUCAUUUGGAGUCGUCUUAUAUGUGCUUGUGUGCGGGAAAGUUCCCUUUGAUGACGAAAACUCUAGCGUACUACACGAAAAGAUCAAGCAAGGUAAAGUGGAAUAUCCCCAGCACCUAUCUAUUGAAGUCAUCUCUCUUCUGUCUAAAAUGCUGGUCGUAGAUCCAAGUAAACGUGCUAGUCUGAAACAAGUGGUGAAUCAUCAAUGGAUGCAAAGAGGCUACGAUUUCCCUCCACCAUCUUACAUUCCGCAUCGUGUUCCUGUGACUGCAGAGGCAUUGGAUUCUACUGUGAUCAAAGAAAUGUACCGAUUGGAGUUUGUUGAUGACGUGAUUGAAGCAACCGCUUGGUUAACGAGAAUAUUGACUAGCACAGAAUAUCAAAACCUUGUGAGACAAUUUUGGGCCAAUGUGAAUAAAGGCGGUGUACAUGAAGAUCCUACUCGUGCUUUUCAUCCGCUUUUAUCUAUUUACCAUUUGGUUGACGAAACGUUGAAGAGGAAAUUGGCCAAGCAACAAAAGAGAGCUGCACUCUUGGCAGCAAAUCAAGUUCCUCAAGCUUUAGACGUGCCUCUAGCGGGACCACCUGCUGGCGCACCUGUAACGCCGGGACCAACUCCUGUGGCAACGCCAAUUACGAUGGCCGGUCAAGAAUUCCCGCCUACGAAAAACAAUUUCUCUGCUAAUUCCAAGAAUUUUGGUAUCGUACCACCUUACCCAGUGGUAAGCCCUCCCCCUGCAAAUUCACCAACAACAAAGACAAAACCGACGGUUGUGAUUCCACCAAAACUUGCGGUCCCGGAGCAGGCACAUACUUCGCCAACUAUCAGAAAAUCACUGGAUGUUGGAAUGCCAUCCGCAGAUCUCGACGUCGUUUUGUCACCUACACCACAGUCUCAUGAUUAUGAUCGGGCUACUACAGCUUUGAACAAGAAAUCCGAGUCCGUUUCCUAUUCUCCUGCUCCUUCAAACGAUGUUCCGCCUGAGAAGUCCAAAUUUGGCACGAUGUUCAGACGUUUCUCUCAAAAACGUCACAGUCAACAACAAUCACAACAACCACAGCCGCCACAACCGCCACAACAGUCCGCUCAGCGGUUUGCGCCCCAACCUGCUCCUGCUACUUCCAUGAAGAAGACCCACACCCGAACUGUUUCGGAGAAUGUACCAAGGAUUACGACAUAUGGCGCUCCCCCAUUACCUAAAAACAUUACCACUGCCAAACAACAGACAGACUUACCAGCGCUGCCAUCAAAUGCCGCCAAUAUGGUCAAAAAUCAACAGCAGGCCCAAGAAGGCGUUCAAAGAUUACAAAUCACGGAUGAAGAUAAACCACUUCCCACACUUGCUGUUCCAAAAGGAAGAAAAAUGCAUCCCUCUGCAAGAGCUAAAUCUGUUGGUCAUGCUCGUCACGAGUCUAUCAAAUUAAUGAGACCUCCAGUUUCUAAUAAUAUGGACCAACAAGUGAUGAACUUGAAUGAUGACGGAUUCUUAGAAACCAGUGACGAUGGAAAAUCCGACUAUCUCAAUAAUGUUGAAGUUACUACUUCACAGGGUGAACGUGAGCUUACAGACCAAGAAAUUCUCGAUAUUGCAUCCAAAGCGCCUAUGGGGUCGAUGCCCUCUAUUGAUUUCCCUCGUUCCUUGUUUUUGAAAGGGUUUUUUUCCGUUCAAACAACAUCAUCCAAGCCUUUACCAGUGGUGAGAUAUAAAAUCAUACUCGUGCUAAAGAAGCUGAGCAUUGAUUUCAAGGAAGUAAAGGGGGGGUUUGUCUGCUUGCAUAAACAGUCAUACAUCGCCCCAACCACCCAGCAACCUCAACAACCUGUAAUUUUAGUUCAUGACGCCUCUUCGAUGGGCAGUAAUAACAGUGGGGGAGCGAGUUCCCACAGACGCAAUUUUUCGCUAUCAGGACAGCAAGGAUCAGUAUCUCGUCACAGUUCAAUACGACGCCAAGCAUCAAUUAAUAAAAAUCAACCGCCAGGUAUAGCAGCUACUCCGUUAGGAGCCAGUACGCAUGAAAGGAAUCUUUCAGUCGUUUCCCCAGGUAAUGGGACUGGAAGCAUUCCAGAGGUAUCUAGCGCCUCUCUGGAGUCUUUGAAUCAAGACGAUAUUCUGACGACUUCGAAAGCACAUAAUUUGAACAACGCUGACAAUGCGAUGUUUGGAAACUACUCAAAAGAAAGGCCGCCACUGAAAUUCGAAAUUCACAUCGUAAAAGUGCGCAUUGUUGGUUUGGCCGGUAUUCAUUUCAAAAAAGUAUCGGGAAAUACUUGGAUGUACAAAGAACUGGCAUCUCAUAUCUUGGAGGAAUUGAACUUAUGA